CCACAUCUCUCCCUCUCUCUCCCUCUCUCUCUCUCUUUAAUCUGAAAUAAAAAGCUCAGACAGACUCCUCCUCCCGUUUUCCCUCUCUCUCUCUCUCUUUCUCUCUCUUUCUAUCUCCCACUUUUUCCCCUCUCUCUCUCUCAUGGCUUCUUCCUCUCCUCACUCUCGUGGUGGACUGUACUGACAGAAAUGUGGACAAUCUUCUUCCUCUCUCUCGUCCUCUCGCUCCAGCCUGGCUCAGCUGAAGAAGUGAUGCUGCUGGACACCACUGAGUCCACUUCUGAACUUGGCUGGACAACUUAUCCUGACAAUGGGUGGGAUGAAGUGAGCGUGCUGGACGAUAAGGGGAGACUCAUCCGGACCUUUGAAGUGUGUAACGUCAAUCAGAACACCCGUGUGCAGGACAACUGGCUGGCCACGCCCUUCCUGCUCCGCCAGGAGGCCCCGAGGAUCUUUGUCACGUUGCGUUUUUCUGUCCGCGACUGCUCCAGUCUGCGCUCGCCCUCUCCGACCUGCCGAGAGACGCUGACGCUGUACUAUAAACAGGCGGACUCCCAGAGAGAGCUGGAGAGAACCUGGGCCGCUGAGCCUUCCAGUGGUGAGACCAGAGAGGGAUGGGUGAAAAUAGACACCAUCGCAGCUGAUAAGAGCUUCAGCCGCGUGGAGCCGAGUCUUCCUCACCAGUACAAACCGGACCGAAUGCGCCGCAUCAACGUCAAGACCCGCAGCUUCGCCCCCCUGACGCGCCGCGGGUUUGUGCUUGCUAUAGUAGACAGUGGAGCAUGUGUGUCAUUAAUGGGCGUGUCCAUAUUUUACCGCCGCUGUCCAGCCACAAGUCGUUUCCUGGCCUCUUACCCAGCCACGCCUUCAGGGGCGGAGCCGACAGCGCUGGUGCCUGUGGGCGGGACUUGUGUUCCUCACAGCCAGUCACAAGGCGGGACGGGGCCCCGGAUGCACUGUAACGCAGAGGGUGAUUGGAUGGUGCCUGUAGGAGGCUGCACGUGUGAUGCAGGAUAUGAGCCCAAUCAGAAUGGCUCCGCCUGUCUGGCCUGUCCGGUGGGCUUCUAUAAGGCCGUCGCAGGUUCGGUCCCUUGCUCAGAGUGCCCAGCUAACAGCAGGACCGGCUUAGAGGCUUCGAAAGUGUGCGAGUGCCGCAGUGGGUUUUACCGAGCGCCUACUGAUGCUAACAACACUGCCUGCACAGCCCCGCCCUCCGCCCCAGUAUCUCUGACCUGGGAGUAUGAGAGCACAGAGGGGGGCGUGUCACUGCGCUGGAGGCCCCCGCUGAACAUGGGCGGGCGGAGCGAAGUGUGGUACGGCGUGGUGUGCCGAAUCUGCCCCUCUGCCACAAACACACCCCCCAACGCCUGCUCCUGGUGCGGCGAGACCGUCACGUACACACCGUCCCAAACCGGCCUGAGGCAGAGCAAAGUCACCCUCAACAACCUGCUUACCCGAGUCACCUACCUUAUACAGGUUCAAGCAAUGAACGACGUUUCUGGCCUCAGUCCCUUCCCACCGCAGUUUGCUAGUAUCAACUUCACCACCAGCCAAUCAGUACCCUCUGAGGUUCCUAUGCUGCAUCAGUUGAACAGAGCUCCGGACUCCAUCACUCUGUCCUGGCCUCAACCCGACCGGCCCAAUGGAGACAUCCUGGAGUACCAGCUCCGAUACUACGACAAGGGCUCUGAUGAGAGCAGCGCGAUGAGCGUAUUCAGCGAGACUAACACGGUGACGGUGCCCGCUCUGAUCCCAGGCUCCAUCUACGCCUUCCAGAUCCGUGCCCGCAAUGAGAGGGGCUUCGGCCCCUACAGCCACACCACCUACUUCAGCACUCUGGCUAUGGAGGAGCAGUCGAGGAGACUUCAGAACCGCCUGCCUCUGCUGGUUGGCUCUGUGAUGGGCGGGGCUGCGUUCCUGUUAGUGGUGGCCGCCAUUGUUAUUGUGUUUGUCUUCAGGAGUAAAAGGAGAGAAAGCCAUUACAGCGACAGACUUCAGAGGUAUAUUAGCAACCGAGCCGGAGUGAAGUAUUACGUGGACCCUUCCACCUACGAGGACCCGAGCGAGGCUGUCAAGGAAUUCGCUCGAGAAAUCGACCCCGCUCACCUGAAGAUCGAGGAGGUCAUUGGUGCUGCUCAGUUCGGGGAGGUGUCCCGUGGUCGCUAUCGUCCGCUGGGCCGCAAGGAGGUGUUGGUGGCGGUUAAGACUCUGCGCUGGGGAGUGACAGAGAGAGAAAGGGGGGUAUUCCUCAGCGAAGCGGGGGUCCUGGGACAAUUUGACCACCCAAACGUGCUGAAGCUCGAGGGUGUGAUCACACACACCCCGCCUGAGCGCAUCAUCACUGAGUUUAUGGAGAACGGCCCCCUGGACGCCUUCCUCAGGGAAAAUGAGGAUCAGUUCAGUGUUCUGCAGUUGGUGGGGAUGGUGAGGGGAGUCGGAGCAGGGAUGCGGUACCUUUCCGAGAGAAACUUCGUUCACCGAGACCUGGCGGCCCGGAACGUUCUGGUGAACUCAAACCUGGUCUGCAAAGUCUCGGACUUCGGCCUGUCGCGUCUCAUGAAGGGCCUGGACCACAACAUGCCCACCUAUACCGCUUCACUGGGCAGUAAAAUCCCUGUGAGGUGGACGGCUCCAGAGGCUUUUCAGCAUCGGAAGUUCAGCUCUGCUAGUGAUGUCUGGAGCUUUGGGAUCCUCAUGUGGGAGGUGAUGUCAUACGGAGAACGGCCAUACUGGGACAUGAGCAACCAGGAGGUGAUGAAGGCCGUAGUUGAUCAGUAUCGUCUGCCCGCUCCUAACGGUUGCCCCUCUGCCCUCCAUGCUCUAAUGCUGCAGUGUUGGCAGGCAGACAGGCAGGAUCGUCCCGGAUUCGACUCCCUCCUGUCCUCUCUGGAUCGGCUCAUACGGCACCCGGCCUCCCUGAAGGCUGAACACGCUCGCCCCACCCAGCCCCUGCUUAGCCCCACCCCCACAGACUUGUCGUCAGUGACCACGGUCAGUGAGUGGCUGUCAGCGCUGAGGAUGGACCGCUACGGGGACGAAUUUGAGAGAGCGCAGCUACACAGCCUGGACAGAGUGAGCUUACUCACUAUGGAGGAUGUGCAGGCAUUAGGAGUGAACCUGUUAGGCCAUCAGAGGAAGAUAGUGAAUGCAGCACAGCAGCUCAGGACUCACCUCACUCAGGGACAGGUGGAGGUUUAACACCCUGCCCAUUACCGUGGACACUACAGUGCUCGGGCGUUCAGUCCAGAGCCUCAUCCAGCCUACCCUGGAGCACAGUGCACACUCAGAGGAGGAGGAUAAGAUUAUUGCUUUGGAUUAUUUAUUUUGUUCGUUUGCCAACC